CCACGCACAGAACAAAAGAGUUUUUAGAGCAAGAAAACAUAGAAUUUUUAGACCAUCCGCCGUACAGCCCCGACCUAAGCCCUAAUGAUUUCUAUACUUUCCCUAAAUUAUAGAAUAAAUUGCGUGGACAGAGAUUUUCAUUACCUGAAGCAGCUGUGGACGCCUACAAAACGGCCAUUUUGGAGACCCCAACUUCCGAAUGGAAUGGUUGCUUCAAUGAUUGGUUCCAUCGUAUGGAAAAAUGUGUCAAAUUUCGCGGAGAAUACUUCGAAAAGCAACAAAUACAUUUUUAAAUAGUAAUGUUGUGUCACUACGUUAAUUCCCGAAAUUUUCAGUGCCGCCCUCGUAACAUUGAAAAAACAGUAAAGUUAAUAAUUCACCUCCAGUUUUAAUGUAUAAAAACAACGAAGCAUUUCAUUGCAAUUUCAUUUGACAUUUAACCUCUCAUGACGAUCUCGAUUCUGACGCGUAGAAAUUAACACAUUAAAGUCAGUUUAAGAUCAGUUCACUUUAUCAUACACACACUUACACGCAAUUAUUAAAAAUAAAUAUUCAAAAAUUAAAUACUGAAUUAAAAAAAAAAUUUUUUGAAUGUGAAGACAUAAUUUGACAAUAUUAGAUUCCAAAUAAAAUUAUUGUAUUGUUAUAAUAUUUAUUUAUUUUGUCUGUGAAUUAUCUUAUUAAUUUAGUGUUUAUUCAGAUUUUAAUGUAAUAAUGGUGGUUUGUUUCUGUGGACAAGUGUGCAAAAAUAAAACGAAACCGCUGGACGUGACUUCUUGCCAAAAGUACAUUGACCUCUGAGUAAAAUAUUGAAUUUAGUAGGGAUAUAAUUACAAGAAAUUAAAUUAUCUUGACGUUAUCACGCGGGAAAGUACGAGGAAAAUAUUAAUGUCACAGUCCUGAUAAUGUCAUAAAUAUAACAUUAUCCUUUAGUGCAAGUUUAUUUGACAUUUGAACUUUAAUACCGAUAUCGUAUCUGACAUGUUUUGAUUGGAAAUUUAGCUUCGGUAUAUAAGGCGGAGUUUGAAACGAUGCCGGCAGAUUAGUGGAGAAGCCUGGUGAACCAAAGAAGCCGGCGCUCCGAAGAUGAAGUCCGCUGUUGUUGUCCUGUGUCUUUUCGCGGCGUCUCUGUACGCCGACGAAGGCACAGCCUUCAACGAAAUCCUGGCGGAGCAUCUUUACAAUGACGUCAUAAUUGCUGAUUACGACUCUGCUGUUGAAAGAAGCAAACUAAUCUACACCGAUAACAAGGGUGAGCUCAUCACAAAUGUCGUAAACAAUCUGAUACGAAACAACAAGAUGAACUGCAUGGAGUACGCCUACCAGCUCUGGAUGCAAGGCUCCGAGGACAUCGUCCGGGAUUGUUUCCCGGUUGAGUUCACACUUAUCUUAGCUGAAAACUAUGUUAAGCUUAUGUACAGGCGAGACGGUCUCGCUUUUACAUUGAGCGACAAUGGCGGGGUUGCCUACGGGGACAGCAAAGACAGGACCAGUUCAAGAGUCAGCUGGAAAUUCAUUCCGCUGUGGGAGAACAACAAGGUCUACUUCAAGAUAGAGAACACUGAGCGCAAACAGAACUUGGCAUUGAAAGUCCGAACUAACAGAAAUGGCGACCACAUGGCUUACGGGGUCGCUAACUUCGAUGGUUUUAGGGCCCAGUGGUACCUGGUUCCCGCUGAAUUAAAUAACGAAGUUUUAUUCUUCAUCUUUAACCGGGACUACAGCAUGGCUUUGACGCUGUCGAGGACGAUGGACAGCUUGGGUAACCGCAUGGCCUGGGGAUACAACGGUCGAGUUAUCGAAAAGCCCGAACAUAACACCUGGAGUAUUAAGGUUUUCUAAGCUCUAAUUUCAUUGUUCACGAGAGCCGAGAAAAAAUUAUGAGAGAGAGAGAGAGUAUUCUAUAUUGAACACCAAAAAGACAAAAAAAACAAUGCGAAAUAUUAAAUACAAAAAACAAAGUACAAUGAGCGGUCUUAUCGCUAAAAGCGAUCUCUUCCAGCUAACCGUCAAGUGGACAAGAAUCAUAUGGAAACGAAUUACACGCGGCGUGCCCAUCAAUUGAAAUAUAUAGAUACUUAAACACAUACACAUAUACAUACAUACACAAUAGUACACAUUAGUAGUAGCUACACACAUAAUAGUACCAAUAAACAAUUUUAAUUUAAA